GGUCUUCCCAGUCUUGCCCAGCUGGUGUGGUGCUCGUGUUUCCCCAUCUCGUCGUGGAGCGUCGCUGCCGAGUGGGCGCUAGUGUUCGCGUCGUCAUGGCUGGUUACGAAUACGUGAGCCCGGAGCAGCUGGCCGGCUUUGAUAAAUACAAGUACAGUGCUGUGGAUACCAAUCCGCUCUCUCUGUAUGUCAUGCAUCCAUUUUGGAACACUGUAGUGAAGGUAUUUCCUACUUGGCUGGCUCCAAAUCUGAUAACCUUUUCUGGCUUUCUGCUGGUUGUGUUCAAUUUUCUGCUUAUGGCAUACUUUGAUCCUGACUUUUAUGCUUCAGCACCAGGUCACAAGCAUGUACCUGAUUGGGUUUGGAUUGUAGUGGGCAUCCUCAACUUCGUAGCCUACACUCUAGAUGGUGUGGAUGGAAAGCAAGCCCGUAGAACCAAUUCCAGCACCCCGUUAGGGGAGCUUUUUGACCAUGGCCUGGAUAGUUGGUCAUGUGUUUACUUUGUUGUAACUGUGUAUUCCAUUUUUGGACGAGGAUCAUCUGGUGUCAGUGUUUUUGUUCUUUAUCUCCUGCUAUGGGUAGUUUUAUUUUCUUUCAUCCUGUCCCACUGGGAAAAGUAUAACACAGGGAUUCUUUUCCUGCCAUGGGGAUAUGACGUUAGCCAGGUGACUAUUUCCUUUGUCUACAUAGUGACUGCGAUUGUGGGAGUUGAGGCCUGGUAUGAACCUUUCCUGUUUAAUUUCUUAUAUAGAGACCUAUUCACUGCAAUGAUCAUUGGUUGUGCAUUAUGCGUGACUCUUCCAAUGAGUUUAUUAAACUUUUUCAGAAGCUAUAAAAAUAACACCUUGAAACACAAUUCAGUCUAUGAAGCUAUGGUUCCCUUCUUUUCUCCAUGUUUGCUAUUCAUUUUGUCUACAGCAUGGAUCCUCCGGUCACCUUCAGAUAUUUUAGAGUUACAUCCUAGAGUAUUCUACUUAAUGGUUGGAACAGCCUUUGCCAAUAUCACAUGUCAGCUGAUUGUUUGUCAAAUGAGCAGUACCCGGUGCCCAACUUUGAAUUGGUUUCUGGUUCCUCUCUUCUUGGUUGUCAUAGUGGUAAAUGUAGGAGUAGCCUCUUACAUUGAGAGCAUUCUCCUGUUUACAUUAACAACUGCUUUCACUCUGGCCCACAUCCAUUAUGGAGUACGAGUGGUAAAGCAGCUGAGCAACCAUUUUCAGAUUUACCCCUUCUCAUUGAGGAAACCAAACUCGGAUUGACUAGGAAUGGAAGAAAAGAGUAUUGGCCUGUAA